AUGAAACGAUACCCAGUCAAGGAGUUGGACAACCACCAAGCAUGGUCGAAGCUGAAGAAAGAAAUUGAGAAUUUCCGGUUUUUGGCCCACGAAAACAUAGCAACCUUUUAUGAAAAAGUCGUCGAAAUGGAUGAACUGUGCAUUGAGCCGACACAUAUAUGGAUCGUCAUUGAAAGAAUGGAUUAUACCCUGGAACGGUUCUUCGAACACUUGUCCAAAAACGACCGAGACCCGGCGAAGCCACCGAAGAAGCGACAUAUUUGGCAUGUGGCCUCGCUGAUGACUCAAAUGCUUCGUGGCCUUGACCAUUUACACCAAAGGGGCAUCACUCAUGGAAACGUCUGCCCCCGCAGCAUUGGAAUUUGCCCAUCAGAUUUUGUCGUAAAAUUUUUGGAUAUCGGCCGGGGGAGUGAACCUCCUGAUACGAGAGAAGGUCGUACACGAAUCUAUGACGCACCAGAGAUGUUUGAAGCUAAUAGCGUAUGUGAUGUGAGAGUAGAUGUUUGGGCUGCAGCUGUAGUAGCUGUGGAAAUGCUGGGUGAGAAGUUGAUGAAGCCGGAUGGAGAGGAAACCACUGCCACUGUUGCAAGGCGCAUCAAUAGGAUGGCGACACAAAAAAGCGGGAACGAAAUGUGCGAGGAUUUGGAGGAACAGUUGGGAAGGGCCAAAGAGCGCCUUGAAAAAGAUAUGAAAGGACUUGACAUCAACCAGUUCAAUCCCCUGAUUGCAAGCAUGCUUGCCGCGAAACCAGGAGAUAGACCUAGAUGUGACCUUUGCCUACAGGACAAAUUUUUGAAAAAGCUCAAUCAAUACUAUGAGAAGCAACGGCCCCAGGAUUCCGAUAAGAAGGCACUUUUGUCCAUGGGGAAUAGCUUUUCUUGG